AGUGACGUGGCUACGUCUUCACGUCGAACACUCCCUGGUCCCCUAGCAGAGGAAGAAAGAUGGCGCCCACACACGUACUGAGAUGCUGUCAACGGGGUUUAGCCUGGAUCCCUGUGAUUUUUAUCGCCCUUGUCGUCUGCUGGUCCUACUACGCUUACGUGGUGGAGCUUUGUUUGUGGACCAUUAUCAGUAUAGGAGAGAAAAUUGUCUACCUGAUCUUCUUCCACCUCUCUUUCGUCAUGUUUGUGUGGUCUUAUUGGAAGACCAUCUUCACCAGGCCUGCCAACCCUUCUAAAGAGUUUUGCCUGCCAAAGGCUGAGAAGGAGCGCUACGAAAAGGAGGAGAGGCCCGAGUCCCAGCAGGAGAUCCUGUGGAGAGCCGCCUCCACCCUGCCUCUAUACACUCGCACAGGCGCCGGAGCGAUCCGGUACUGUGACCGCUGUCAAGUUAUCAAGCCGGACCGGUGUCAUCACUGCUCCGCAUGUGACAUGUGUGUGCUGAAGAUGGACCACCACUGUCCUUGGGUGAACAACUGUGUAGGCUUCUCUAACUACAAGUUCUUCAUCCUCUUUCUGGCCUACUCGCUGGUGUACUGUUUGUUCAUUGCCGCCACGGUUCUUCAGUAUUUCAUAAAGUUCUGGACCCUUUGUCGUAGGAAAUCGGCAGAGAACUGCCCAAAGAACGAGCUGAAUAACACUGCCAAGUUCCACGUCCUGUUUCUGUUUUUUGUGGCGGCCAUGUUCUGCAUCAGUAUUCUGUCCCUGUUUAGCUACCAUCUGUGGCUCGUAGGAAAGAACAGGUCCACAAUAGAGGCAUUCAGAGCCCCUGUCUUCAGAACAGGCUCCGAUAAGAAUGGUUUUUCUCUGGGUUUCCGGAAGAACAUCGCCCAGGUCUUUGGUGACCAGAAGAAGUACUGGCUUCUGCCGAUCUUCACCAGUCAGGGGGACGGUCUGACGUUUCCCACCCGGUUGGUGAAUGCUGACGCAGAGCAGGCCACCGUCACUCUGCAUCCUGACUCCAAUAAAUGCGUGCCGGACGUCUCUGUGAGCCCUCUCAGCGAGUCACAGAACCGCCUUCUGAGCAACGAGCAGCACGCCAACAACGCUCAAGACCACCUGGCUGAGAACCCCCUCAAAUCAGCUGAAAGUGAAACCAUUACAAUCUCCAUGGAGAGUGAGUCCUAACCAGGAGAGACACCUCAGUCAUCUAAUGCGAUGCCUUAAAAAAAACAAAAACCAAACAGUUUAGCUCAUCACCAUGGCAACAGCCCCCAUCAGUGGACUCUUCACAGACCCAUUCACAGAAACGUUUGGAAACGCAGUCCACUGACACAUGGCAGCACAGUAAUGCUUUAUAUCCUUGGUAUUUUUGCAUGCAGUGUUGGACGGACAUCUCACAGUCAGUCUCCGUGUUGAGCACUUGUUCCCUGUCACCCUCGUCUAUGAUGCACAUUUCCUUUUGAUAUUUUCUCGUUACAUGUGCAAGUAAAAGAUCUGGAGGACUUUUCAGUUAAACUGCGUUUUUAUUUUCGUGCCCAAAGCCCCAACGGUGCACCAAGACUGAUUUUACAGGCACCAAGCGGCUGUAAAGAGUUUAUUUUCAGCAUUUUAUUUUGUCUUUCUUUUUUUGUUUUGUUUUUUAAACCAACCCUUAAAGUAAAGUUGAAUUCUUGCCACCCAUUCUGUGCAGCUCAUCUUUAAGAGAUUGAUCACGCUGGAGCAAAUCUCCUCGUUUGCACCUUUUGAGAUGGAUGUUUCUGCCACCGAAAACCCGGACUGUUGCAGAGGACUCUACUCCACGGUUCAGUGGACUGUGCCUGCCCUCAGCAGCGAAGACUGGAGCCGGACUUUGCGUGGCGAAAUGAUGAUUGAGCACAAGAUGGCGCAUUUGCACUUUGUUGAUUUUUAUUGUCCAACGAAAUGGCGUGCCAUUUUCCUUCUUUUUUUUUUUUUUUUUUUUUUUUUUACUUUAACAUAUCCAAAAGAUAUCCUUGGUGUGUCAGAUGUUCUUUGUGUUUGUGUGUUACAGUUCAAGUGGCAGUCAACAAAAACUGACUUAAAAGAUCAGCUUAGAGUGUUUUUGUGGCCAGCUGGUGUUGAAUUAUGCUCCUUUAAAAAAAAAAAAAGGAUGCAGUUUAACCUGGAAGAUAUUUCUCUCGGUUCACGCUGCCUAUUCUUUUUCUGUGUGGUGGUCGCUGUCCACAGUUCAGAGCUUCAACCCCCAACACACUCGUUGCCAAAUAAGGGCUGACAUGUCAGGAGCUCUGACAUCUCAACCUGAAGUGUUUACAGCAUCCUAGCUUUAUCCCAACCUCACAGGCCAGUGUCAUCACGUCCCAUAAUGGAUGAAGCAGUUGCUGUGGCGCAAAUUGUUUUUUAUUUUAUUGCAUUUAUUUUUCUUUAAAACCUGUUGCUUUACCAGCGGGUGGCAACAGUGUGCUUUUUAUAUGCACCAUCACAGAUACAGUUGAAACCAGAUGUUUACAUACUUCUAAAAGAUGCAUAACCUUAUUUUUCUGCACUUUCUGAUAUUAAAUUAGACAAAACCUUUGCUGUUUUGUGUCAAGAUGACCAAAAUAUUUACUUAAAGCCAGGUUAAUUGUGAAUUUUAGAGAAUCCUGGGUAAAACUGCUUUUUAAGCUGUCUGACUAACAACAGUUUGUCCAUAAGUCACUUUGCAACUAACGUGGUGGUAUGAUUAGGGUCAUUGUUCAUCUGGAAGACCCGUUUGUGCCCAAGCUUUAACUUCCUGGCUGAUGUCUUAAGACGCUGCUUAAAUAUUUCGACACAAUGUCCUUUCAUCAUGGUGCCAUCUAUUUUGUGAAGCGCAUCAGUCAGCAGCAGCAGCUCCAUUACAUGAUACCACCACUCCCGUACUUCACAGUUGGGAUGGUCUUCUAAGGCUGGCACACUAACCCCCUAUUGUCCUCCCUGUCUAAUGAUGGGAAUUCUGGGCAUACGCUUGAAUAUUUUUUUCAUUUCUUCAAACAUGAGGGUCUUGGUCCCUGAGCUCAUUGUGCCAAUCUGGGUUUUUAUGUUGCUCUUGGAGUAAUGGCUUCUUUCAGUAAGAACGUAUCUGGACUCAUUCUUGUAUUUGCAUAUAGAAAUAUUUCUGGUUAAUCCUAACUGACCUUCAACAGGAAAAGAAAUGCUUUCAUUUAAUGUAAGAUGCAAGGGCAACAAAGGUUACAUUUGUAUGUUUUUUUUAAGUAUCUGGUUUCGAAUGUAAACAUCUGUUCUGAGGUCACUUUUCUUUGUUUUUUGCUGUUUUUUUUCUGUUAUCACAUUUUUCCUUAAUAUCAACUCCAUGUGGAUUGCUUUACUGUGAUAAACCAUCCAGAUCUGAUCACACAGCAAAUCGGACCCCUUCUGAUCAGAGUCAAUUGGAACCGAUGCUCAGAUUGUCUCCGUUUUCACAAGUGCUGAAAAAACGCUAAGCUUAUUUGAAAGUCUUGCUGUAAUUUGUCUUGUUUAACAUGUUAAACAUCAGUUAAACAUCAGAAACCUGAUGCUGGAUGAGCCCCUCCACUGGACAGAUCCCACCAAACUCUCUGGUCUUGAUGUUUACAGCUUUGUGUGGUUAAGCGUUGUCAGAUUUCGCUUUACAAACCAGUGAUUUUUGAGGGGAGGAUUUGUUACUGCACUAUCACACUGUGGUUAGAUCUCAAAAGUACUAGACUGAGUUACUGUAAGGGAUCAUGGUCCAAGCCAAGGUUCUGUUCUGAUCAUGUAUAGCUUGUAUUUCAACAUUUAGUGUAAGGAAAUGGUUUCAGGAUGUUCUUGUGUCAUGCGUGAGGAACUCACAGCCACCGCCUGUGAAACGUUGGACCUGCCGUAUUGUUUUACAGUUGCCUGUAUCCUCUGCCCGGCAGUUUGGCCCCCAAGCAGAGUGUGUGUGUAUUUUGUAAGGCUUCAUUCAGUGUCUUUUUGUAGUAUUCUUGUAUCGGGAGGAAUGCUUACAGUGCAACAAAGAGAUUCUGGGCUUCGGCUCAAAGCAUGGCGCCUAACUUCCGGGAAAAAAAAAAAAAAAGUGUUUUACUAUAAUAUUGGGGCGGGGGGUGGGGUUGUUGUGUGAAAUAGUGAAUUUUUUUCUUAAACUUUUGCAAGUCAUGUUUCAAUUAGCUUUACUGUUGUCUGCAUAAACUGAAUAAAUGAAGCCAUAACUACUCCUGUGAAAACAGAAGAAGGAUCUGAUGAAUUUGGUUAUGUUUUAUAGAUUGAUACCAUGCUACAUCUGUCUCCACAGUGCAGGUUGUAGCCCAUCAUAACUGCUAAUAUAUUUUUGUUUUCAUGUCCUAUUUUAAAGUGUGUGUGUAUAUUCUGUAAGUAAACAAAAAAAUUACA